AUGGGCAAAGAAAAUCAAACCUAUCUAACAGAAUUUGUCUUGUUGGGCCUUUCUUUAGAUCAGCAGACUCAUAUCCUAUUAUUUAUGAUAUUUCUCAUCAUCUACCUACUGAUUGCCUUUAGGAAUCUGCGCAUCAUAGUCUUAAUUCAUACUGAUUCUGGACUUCACACUCCCAUGUACUUCUUCCUUAAGAACCUGUCUUUUGCUGACCUCUGUUUCUCUACAAGCAUUGUUCCUCAGAUGCUAUUCCACUUUGUGGUAACCAGAAAGACAAUUUCCUUUGCUGGAUGCGCAAUUCAGAUGUUCUUUUUCUUAGUAGCUGGAGCUACAGAGAGUUCGCUAUUGGCAGUGAUGUCCUAUGACCGUUAUGUAGCUGUCUGCAAGCCCCUGCACUACUCCACCUUCAUGACCCAGAGGGUUUGUAUACAGUUGACCUUAGUGUCCUGGGCCAGCAGGUCAUUUGUGUCUGUUGUAGAUUCUGCAUUUACUUUGUGUCUCCCAUACCACGGAAAGAAUAUAAUUAAUCAUUAUUUCUGUGAGCCUCCUGCACUCUUGAAGCUGGCUUCUGCAGAUACCUACAAAGCUGAGAUGGCCCUCUUUUCUAUGGGUGUGAUUAUUCUCCUGGUUCCUGUCUCUCUCAUCCUCGUCUCCUACUGGAAUAUAAUCUCCACUGUGAUUCAGAUGCAGUCAGGGGAGGGGAAGCUAAAAGUCUUCUCAACUUGUAGCUCCCAUUUUGUUGUGGUUGUCUUUUUUUAUGGAUCAACAUUAUUCACUUACAUGAGACCGAACUCCAAAAACAUGUAUGAUGGGGAUAAAGUGAUCUCAGUGUUCUAUUCUGUCAUUACAUCCAUGAUGAACCUGUUCAUUUACAGCCUGAGGAACAAGGAUGUAAAGCAGGUAUUCAGGAAAACAUUUGGAAGAUAG